AUGAACAUUGAAGCUAUACUUCUAUUUAUUGAGUUUGUAAUUUUUCUUCGACAGGAACAACUUGGUUACAUCGUCUUUAGUGGCAUACGCAAAGUGAAUGGUGCCAAUGGUAUACGUAUUAUUGUACAAUCCUCGAAGCAUCCGUCAUUCGUUGAGGACCGCAUUGAAAGUUUCUUGGAAAAUUAUUUGAAAGUCAUGGAGGAAAUGCCUUUGGACGAAUUCGAGCGCCACAAAGAGGCAUUAGCGUUGAAGAAGUUGGAAAAACCGAAAAAUGUUUCUCAACAAUUUCAUCAAUUCUAUAGUGAAAUCGCUUUGGCACAAUAUCAUUUCGAACGCGAUGAAGCAGAAGUGGCAAUCUUACGUAAGAUUACUAAGGAGGAGUUUUUGGAAUGCUUUAAGAGCUUCAUUGCUCGCGAUGGUCCCGAGCGACGUGUACUCUCCGUGCAUAUUAUUUCCACGCAGCUAAACCAAGACGACAAAAAAGCGGAAACGCCCGAAGAGGAAGCCAUCGAAAUCACAAAUAUGGAACGGCAUGAGAAAAUCAUCGAUUUGGAAGCAUUCAAAUCAAGCAAAGAAUUAUAUCCAAUUUGCCUGCCAGUUUUGGAUAUUAAAUCAAAAGGAGCGCGUAGUAAAUUAUAAAUAUUUGCAUAGCUAAAAAAAAAUUGCAUGCGCCCGCCUAUACAAAUAUAUGUAUGUGUGUGGGCGCGUGCUUGUAUGUAUGUACUUCGCUAAAGAAUUCGCUUAUUUAUUAAGAAAAAGGAACAGAAAGAAAAAAAAUAAUCAUGAAAAAUCCUGCUUUCACAUCGGCUAAUUGGGUGAGUUGCAUUAAAUUGUAUUACAUGUUUUUUGUUUUUUUUUUUAACAUUCAAAAGAAAACAAGUGUUUACCGAUUUGUAUAUUUUUUAUUAAGACUACAAUUUCAUUGUUGUUGGUUUUUAUUAAAUUUUACACCUGAUUAGAUAUGUAGUUACAUACUAUGUUAGAUAAUUGCUUAUAAAUAAAAUUCAUAAAUUCAUAAAUAACCGUAUUGAAAAUUCUUAUUAAGUUAACCAUUUAAAUAAAAUAUAUGCAAUUGUGUGCGAUUAAAAAAUAGCAGAUUCUUUACAAAAAGGUACUCGUAUAACCAUACAAUUAAAGAAAAAUUAUGCAAAUAAAAAGA